CAAAGAGCUGACCAAUCGUCGGCCUGAUGGCGUGUUCUGUGACCUAAUCCAUCGCCUGUUUCAAACAUGGCAGAGAUGUGUAAAGCGGAUAAAAUAGCGGCAGCCAGAAAGAAGCUUAAAGAACAUCAGCGAAAAGGUAAAGAUAGUCACCCUACUGGAAUAAAAGUCUCAGGAAGGAAAACUGCACCAAAAUCACAGCUUGAAGUAGAUGGGCGUUCCUUGGAGCAAAAUUCAGUGUUUGAUUCAGGGCCUGUGAAUUCUGAAUGCAGCAAGAUUGGAAUUGGAGGAAGGGUUGGUAGUAAACUGCAAACUUCUACUGAUCCAUCAUUAAAAUUACAGAGAUGCUUAGAUGAACCAGCAGCACCUGAAAAAAAUUAUUCAUAUCAUAGUCCUCCAAAUCUCGAUGAAAUUAACGAAGCAAACAUGAAAGAUACGAGUACCUCUCAAAAUGUAGUAUUGAAUGAAGUAGAAGAAAACACAUUUGCAGGGUGUACAGGUAGCAACAUUCUUUCUGUUACUUCCGUACCAACAUAUGCACCAAUUGCUACUGUAUCUCCAGUAACAGUGACUGAUAGUGUUCUUUCUGGUUAUGUGCAUUCUUCAGACAUUGCUACAGCAAAGGCUUUCUUUGAAAAUUACUCUUCUGACAAACAAACUCAGCCAUCUAAUAGCAAUAUUGGCAUAACUUCAGAGAUAAAAGACUCAGAACAAGUCACAACAGUUCAUCAUCUAUUUCCAGCUUCCAAUAAUGAACAUUUAGGUGCUGCAGGUGAUGCACAAAGCAAUGUCUUUUUAAGUGUCAAUGAAUCAAAUCCUAGCCAAAGUGUAAUUAUUCAGAAUUCAGACACUGCUACAUCACAAGAAUCAAUACAAGUUAUUGACAGUGAAAUGGACCAGAGUAUCACUAAUAAUCAAACUGAUAAUGUGGUUACUCAUGAUCAGCAUGGAACUCAAAAUACUAGUGUUCUGUUAUCAACUCCGGAACACUCCAUCACUGCUAUGUCUAGCAGUGAAUGUCUUCGCCAGUUGUCAUUGCGGAUGAAUGGUCUUAUUGAUGAAUCUGCCCAUGAUGAUAUAACAUAUAUAGAAGGCAAUGUACUUGAAUGUAGAAAUCAAGAAUUGGCUGCAUUGUUGGCAAUUAGACAGCAGCAAUGUGAACAGAUGGAAUUGCAGUUGAAGGAAUAUCAAUCAGGAAUGUGCCAGCUACAGAUGGAGCUUAAUCAAGUGCGAACUGAGUCAGAGGCUAAGGUAUUACGAGAAAUUGGACCAGUGCAGGAACAGCUGCAACUACAUGUGCAGACAGUUGGAAUCCUUGUAGGAGAAAAAACUGAACUGCAAGCAGCACUCACAAAGAGCCAGAAUAUAGCAAAGCAGAAAGCUAGUGAAGCUGAAGAACUACAAGGUCGUCUGAAAGCAUCCAGACAUAGAGUUAUGGACUUAGAGAAAGAAGUUUCUUCAUUGCAAGAAACAAAUGAAAGGUUAGAGAAAGUUAUUCGUGAACUUUCAUCUGAGCUUGAUAAACAAAAACUUGAACACCAGAUAACCAGUAAGCGGCUUAUAGAGACAGAAGAAGAAAUAUCAGAAUUGCAUCAAAAGCUGAAUACAAAAGUGAAUGAUUGUAUGGCAUUACAGCAAGAACUACAAGAAAAAAUGUCUCAGCUCUCAUUAGCACAGCUACGAAUACAACAGCUAAGUACAGCAGACACCUCUGAAGUAGAUGGACAGUUGGAGAUAUUGCAUCAACAGAAGAUCUUGCUUGAGAAGCAGGUUGCUGAUCUAGAGCAGACGUUAAAGUCAGUUGGGUCAGAACGAGAUCAAGCAAACCAGCAGUAUCAGCAGUAUGUACAGCAGCUGAAUGGACAGUUGCAGAGCUCAGGAUCUAAGGUUGAAUCCUUAAGCUGUGAAAAUGAGCAGUUGAUAGCGAGGGAGCAGAGUUUGGUGCAGCAUGUAUCAGAACUGGAGAAGCAACUCCAGCAUCUUCAGCAGCAGAACCAAAAGAGGCGAGACUCUUCUCCUAAAUCAUUACAGCAGGACUCAAACCUAUUGCAGGAGCUUGAAGCAAAGCUUGAACUUACAGAGAGCAAGAACAAAGUUCUAGCAGAGAAGCUGGACUCUCAGAUACAGGAGAAUGAGAACAUACUGAGAGAACUUGAAGAGAGGAGUGCUAAAAUAAACAAGUUGGAAUCAAUGUUAGAAAGAUUUGAAGAUGAUCAGCUGGAUAAAAAUAAGCUAUUGGCAGCCAUGGAGAGUGACAAGGUGGCUGCAGCUCGUGCCGUUGGCCAAAAUCAACAACUGAAAGAGCAGCUUAAGGAACUGCAAGAUGUCUUUGUUAAAAUGAGUAAUGACAAACUAGAGCUGACUGAGAGAUUGGAAUAUGAACAACAUAUCUGUAAGGAACAAGAAGAGAGACUGGCCCAGCAGGAAGUGGAAUUGAAUGGCAUAAGAACCCAGCUCUUGCAUAAAGAACAGCUGCUUCAACAGAAACCAGAACUUUCAAAUCAGAUGUUACAGCAUAAUCAGAUUGCAGAUAAUAUGAGGCACUGUGAAGCAGAUGGAGUAUUGAAGGAACUCCUACAGGAAGAGCUAAAGCAGGCCAAGGAACAUGUUCAGGCUUUAAGUAUGCAGAACAGUGAACUCCGGACCCUGUUAGCACAGGAUGCAGCUCAUGACUCAGGCAGCAGCAGUGGAGACGACACAAUCACUCACAAGGAUGAAAUGUUGGCAACACUGUCACUUAGUGUCAGGCAGCUGGAGCAAGAGCGUGACCAGUUGUUGGAACAAUUGAAGCACCAAGAAUUGCAUGAAAAAACACAAACUUUAUUGCAACAAAACUCACAAGCUUCUGAGAGUUUUAAAACAAACCUAAUUUUAGAUUCGAACCAAAGAGACUCUAUGAAGGUAGCCAUGGAGAAACUGGAGGAAAGAUUCAUGAGAACAAUGAAGGAAGUUGCUGCCCUCUCUGAUGAGAAACAGAGAUUAGAGCAUCUUGUGUUACAGUUGCAAGGGGAAACAGAAACCAUUGGGGAAUACAUUGCUUUGUAUCAAGUGCAGAGGAGUAUCUUAAGGCAGAGAGCUCGAGAGAAAGAUGAGCAGCUAUCAAAGCUUUCUAAAGAUAGGGAAGAACUGCGAAACAAGCUGAGUGAACUGACUGAAUUAGUGCAACAGCUGGCGGCAGAGAAGGAAGCCAUUUGGAAGAUAACUCAUGACAGUCCUAUGGAGCAUUUAGUUGAACAAACAUCAGUUAAGCAUAAGCAACAAGGAGAAGAUAUACCCAAUGGUGAGACUGUGGAAGUUGAGGAUCCAGUAAAGUUGAAUGAGAUGAUGCAGCUAGCUUCACCAUCAGGGGUCCAUCUCCCACCAGCAUUGCGAGCAGACACAGCAGGGAAGAUCAUGGCCCUACUCUCUGAGAUUGGUAGCAGCAGUCUAGUGGAUCCUCAGUGUAGCGAAAACUUUCAUCCUUGUCCGUGGUGCUCUGGAAGACUUAUUACGGUAUAAAACAAGGAUCUCCCAACUGAGACAAGAUACUAUAUGGUCUGUAUAAGCCUGGGAUAUCCAGGGCACAACAGUCAGAAAGUUAAAGAACUCUAACCUGGAUUGUGUAAUUAUUAAAUUCAGAACCAUAAAUUUAUGUUUUUAGAAGGUGCUUUACAUUUGUAUAUUUCUUGUUUGCAAAAAAAUCUUAUUUCAGUUUUGUUGUAGUAACAUCUUGUUGUACACGUACAUUUAAUUAAACAUGCUGAAAUCUCAGAUGCUCUGUUCAGCAUUUAGUACGCUCUUGUAGUAGGUGCCUUUAAAAUUUUUAUGUAACUGAAUACCAGAAAGCUUGUGUAUAAUUAAAUCCUUUAAUUAAU